AGUCAUCUCUCUCUCUCUCUCUCUCUCUCUCUCUCUCUGUCUGCCUCUCUCCCUCUCCAUAUUUUUUACUCUCCGAGUCAUCAACUCAGUCAGGCAUGACCGAACUCAAUAAUCCCGAUAACGAUGACCCCUUCCUUGUUCAAUAUCAACCGUCUGAACUUAAAAUCGCUUCGGAAUUUCUUUCCACCUGGCUCCCUUUCCUCUCUCGGGAUCUCUGCCGUGACUGCACCAAAACUCUCUCCGAUCGCAUUCGCUCUCUAUCAGUUAUUGUAGAGCUCAAAGGCGAAGAUAAGAGUGGGGAUUCUCCGAAAUUGAAUGAUAAAGUGGAAUUGUCCAACGGGAAUUGUUGUUCUGAUGGUAAUUGUGAAAAUAAUUCCGUGGGAAGUUUGAAAGAGGAAGAUGACACGAAUUCGAUAGUUAGUUGGAAAGAUGGAACACCUGGGUGGUCUGAAACACCACCCAUGUCGGAGGCUUCCACUAGUGGAUUUCAUAGUGAGAGGCACUUGGGGAUGUCUUGGGCGGAUAUGGCACAGGAUGAUGAACUUGCAAAAGAAGAGAAGGAACUAGAACAGCAGGAGUUGAAUAAACGGGAAGUUAAUGUGAAUGAUUCAGCGGGUGAUUUGAGGAUAACAAAGGUUGUUGGGAAGCCUACUACGUUAGCGUAUGAGCAAAGCGAAUACAAUCGGUUUAUGAAUGUGAAGAGGAAGAAGGAGUUUAUGUGUUAUGAGAAGGUUAAUGGGAAGCUUACUAAUAUUCUCCAGGGUCUCGAACUUCACAUGGACAUUUUCAGUACCGCGGAGCAGAAGAGGAUUGUUGAUCAUGUGUAUGCUCUUAAAGAGAAAGGGAAAAAGGGAGAAUUGAAAGAACAAACGUAUUCAGCUCCACAAAAGUGGAUGAGGGGCAAAGGGCGUGUGACUCUCCAGUUUGGUUGUUGUUACAAUCACGUAACAGAUAAAAAUGGAAAUCCGCCAGGCAUUGUCCAGGAUGAAAUGGUAGAUCCUAUACCUGUCCUUUUUAAAGUGAUAAUCAGAAGGCUGGUCAGAUGGCAUGUUAUCCCGCCGACUUGUGUGCCGGACAGUUGUAUUGUUAACAUUUAUGAAGAAGGGGACUGUAUACCUCCUCACAUUGAUAACCAUGAUUUUGUUCGACCUUUCUGUACUGUCUCUUUUCUUAGCGAGUGCAAUAUGCUAUUUGGAUCACACUUAAAGAUUGUGGGUGUGGGUGACUUUGAUGGUCCAAUCGCAAUCCCUCUUCCUGUGGGAUCUGCUCUUGUCUUAAAUGGAAAUGCAGCAGACGUUGCUAAGCAUUGUGUGCCUUCAGUUCAUAAAAGGAGGAUAUCAAUCACAUUUAGAAAAAUGGAUGAAGCAAAACGACCUAUAGGUUUUAUUCCAGAUCCUGGUUUGCAGGGAAUUCAGCCGUUGCCACACGAACUGGAUAAAACAAGGAGGUUAAAUUCUCCUAAAUCCGAGCCUUACAUGAAAAGGCGGCCAUUUGAUAAAGAGGGUAAGAUGGAAGGAAGGAGAUUUGCAGAGAAUGGUUCCCAAUCAGAACCUGAUUACACAAGUCAGAGUCGACGACCGGCUGCAUAUCAGCGGAGGAUCAAGGAAAAUAUAGGUAGAGCUGAUGGAUGAGGUCCAACCCUUCUGUUGCCUGAAUUGUACCUUUCAGAUUUGGACAUCCGAGAUUUAAUUGCUGGCAUGUUUGAGUAUUCUGUGGAAAGCGGAUAUGGAGGUUGAGGUUUAUUUCAGUGUCAGAGAGUUCUGCUGAAUAUAUUAAUGUAUACGUAGCAAUACCUAAUGCAUUCUUCAUUUGAUUCUGAUCAAAGCAAAUAUUUACAUGGGUGUGUGGAAUAGAGAGCAAUAUUGAGUCUGUUGUCUAUUAGUGAAUCCAAAGGUUUUAGACAUUACUAUAGCAACUGUGUAGCUGGAAUCCUUUGAAGAUCUGGUUUUGGUUAAAUCCCUGAUCGGAUUAUCCGUAUCUCGAAGCAUGGCCCGGUAUUUGAUUAAUUGGAUCAACUAGCUUGAUGCUGCUUGUUUGUGAAUUGUGACGGAUUGCUGCUUUGUUGAGGUGCCGUUAAGCUGAUUGGUGACAGAAGUACUCCACCACAUCAUAGCGCGAGAUGGCAUUAUAUUGUUUUCAUAUUCUACACUGGAAGUCUUGAGAAUUGUAUUAUAAUUGUUUUUCCUUGACCUGAUUGCUGUCAACAAAUUAUUGAUUUGCGAGUUUAUUAAUAUUAGCUUUGGUGAA